AUGCGACCCGUUGCUCCAGAGGACUUCAUUCUUCGUACGGCCAAACGCCUCCACGAGAUCAAGAAACCCAGCCUCACAGUCUCUGAGCUCGCCGAGUUCAAAGCCAACGUCUCCUGUCUGGAAUUCAGCACCGGCAGGCCCAGCAACUCCAACUGUCCGGAGCUGCUCACGCUCAGAAGCGUACGGGACAUCCGUAACUUUGUGAAUGAGGUCGAGCCGUGUAUCGAGGACGGCACCGACGAGUGGAGAAACUUCGUGCCCGAGACCCCCUUUCGCAGCGACUCGGAGGCGAUGGGAUGCUACCGUUCGGCAAAAUACCUUUCCACUAUUGUGCAGGUCUGGCUGGAUGCUUUCCCCAAGAAAUGGCCCAAAACCCUAGAUAUCGCCAACAAACGGCGUCAAGGCACACUGCUGCGGCAGACUGAUUGGAGGGAGCGCAGUGAUCGAGCUGCAGAGAGCUGGCUAGGCGCGGAUGACGAGGACAAGUACAUAUGGAGAUCCGAAAUCACGUAUCAUGGUCUUCUGCCCAUCGAGUACGGUCAGGGCAAGCCUCCCUGCGAUCCCAACAUGCCGCAUGCCAUCUAUCACGCCGUCGACUCUACGCCUUUCGAUGACCCUAUCAUCAGGAUGAGCGAGUUCAAAAGUAUCGUAUUCCUCGCCAUCGUGAAUAACAUGAAGCCAGGUUACAACAACCUCGAUUGUUUCGGCGUUACUGUUCUUUCUUUCUGGAAAACCAGCGUCCGCAUCGUGCAAGGCCUUGUCAAUCUGAAGACGCGAAAUAUCGAUCCUCGGGUAUCAAAAAUACAGGACUUUUCCAAUGGCUUUUGGAACGACGGUGUAAUUGACGACCGAUUUCUCGCGCUUCUGGCGUACAACUGUGGCGAAGUCGUCCCACUACGAAAAUAG